AUGGAUCAAUCUGAAUCACCAGUGGACGUUCUCAUCGUCGGCGGCGGGCCUGCUGGCUCCAAAGCUGCGUGGGAACUUGGUCGAGCUCAUCACCGAGUGGUUUUAUUUGCGUGCGACGAACUAAUGAAUGAUCCCAAGGACGUGGAUGCGGAAUCAUCACUAUCAGCUCUAAACUUCCUUUUAAGUCCUGAUCGCAAGAACCGAGAACUUCUUCGUCUAUUUCGACGAGAGGCUAGUAAAGAAUUACCGGUCUGUGUGGAGAGACGCCGAAUCACGGACGUACGACGCCUAUCGAAUGGCCUGUUUCAAGCCGCAGAUAGCGAUGGCAACGUUUGGACAGGUCGUCUCCUUGUCCUGGCCGAUGGAGCAGACGAAGUUAUGCCUGAUAUCUCCGGAUAUCAAACAUGCUGGCAGCAGCAACGCAUCCUGAUUCACCCAUCUGAAGAGAAGCAUGGCCCAGUUCAAGUUGCCGUUCUGGCAGUAGGAGAGCUGGCCGAGCUAACCAUGGCUCUCCAUACCGUCUGGCAGAUCCGACAGUUUGCUUCUUCCGUGCGUGUCUAUACGCAUGGCGACCCAGAACUGGCGCAGGAACUGGUAGCGAGAGUAUCCCCCGAUGCAGCGAUCACCGUCGAAGCUGCGUGCAUCCAGGAGAUACAGCCGGAUGCCGACUCAUCUCACGGCGUCGUGAUUCAACUCGACAACGGAAACAGCGACAAGGCAUAUCUCUACCACCGGCGUGCCGCUCAGCUCAAAGGCAGCGAUCCCUUUGCACGCCAGCUGAAGCUGGAACUGACCGAAUCAGGGGCCAUCCGCAUCUCAGCUCGCGUCCCCUACAUGACCAGCAUGGACGGCGUGUACGCGGGCGGCGACUGCGCAUCCCUGGGCCAGCGUACACUGUUCAAAGCACUAGCCAUGGGUGAAGGAGUUGCAGCGGCUGUCGCAGCUCGACUGGAGCGAGGAAGAUGGAGGAAUCUCUCGUAUGAGGAGGACGCCUGCGGCGGACCUGCAGGCCUCGCCGUCGCCCUUGGUCUCUGUCGCGCCGUUCGCACCGCCGUCGUCUUCGACUCGCAGACAUACCGCAACUCCCUGACGGACCAUAUGCACAAUGUGUCGACCUGGGAUCACUCGAAGCCCCAGGACUACCGCGCAGCCGCACGUCGCGAGCUCACCGAGGGCCGCUACAACACUGUGACGCUCGCGGAUGUCGCCCUGCGCAAGAUUUGGAAGCUCGAGUCUGGCGAGUUUGAAGCUACAGACGCUGGCGGCAAGACCUGGAGGGGACGCAAGCUCGUUCUCGCAACGGGAGUGAAGGAUGAGAUUCCUGAUGUGCCGGGAUACGCCGACUGCUGGCCUCGAUCGAUAUAUCACUGCCUCUUCUGCCAUGGAUUCGAAGAUCGCGGAGCUGCUUCUGUCGGCGUCCUCGCAAUCGGUCCAACGGCGAAUCCCAAGCCAGCCGAACAUCUCGCUCGUCUGGCCCACAACCUGGCAAAGACAGUGACCAUCUAUACGAACGGCAACGAUGAGCUAGCCGAGCAGCUUCGCCCAUCCAUCGAGAAGGACGAGUGGCUCAGCCUCGACAACCGGGCCAUCAAGCAUCUACACAAGACCGACGGCGUUCCAGUCAAAGUCGAACUACAGGACGGUACAGACAAGAUGGAAGGAUUCCUCGUUCACGCCAUGAAGACGACGCCGGUGUUGAAUUUCGAGCAUAACCUCGAGCUUGAGCUGUCUCCUCAGGGCACCGAGUUCAAGACCACUCCUCCCUUCAGCGAGACUACUACCCACGGUUGCUUUGCGACCGGAGACUGUGGAAUGCCCAUCAAGGCGGCCAGUAUGUCCAUGAGCCACGGAUCGUUGGCCGGUGUCGGUGUUGUAUCGCAGCUGGCUUUUGAUGAGAAGGCGUAG